UUGACCGGGACAGUUUUCGUUGACAAAGCUGGAUGCUCGUUUCCGAUUGUUGUCACGUUGCUAGUUCUGAGCGAGGAAGAUGGCGGGAAGCAACGUGUUGGCGUGUUUGUCAGUGACGUUGUGUGUGUCUCUCUCGCUUGCCAAUGAUCUCGCCCGAGGCUGGGGUGACAAAGUUGAUUGGGUCUCUCUUGAAGAGGGACUUAAAAUUGCCAAGGAAGAAAAUAAGCCUCUUAUGGUGAUAAUUCAUAAGUCUUGGUGUGGAGCUUGUAAAGCGCUGAAGCCAAAGUUUGCAGAGUCAGUUGAUAUCCAGGAACUCAGCAAAAAGCUUGUAAUGGUUAAUACACAGGAUGAUGAAGAGCCUUCAGAUAGUAAAUUUGCUCAAGAUGGACAGUACAUACCACGGAUAUUUUUCUUGAAUCCCGAGGGAGAAGUACUAACAGAUGUAAUUAAUGCUCGAGGUAGUCAGAAGUAUAAAUAUUAUUACCCAGACCCCAAAGACAUUGCUGAUUCGAUGAGGCGAGUUCUUCAGGGUACAACAGAAACCUCUGAUAAACGUGGGGGAGAAUUAUAAACCAGGCAGGAUAUAUAGAAGAUGAUCAAUCUGAUUAAAGUCAGGUCGUAUGUACGUGGUUAUAUCCCUAACCUUAGCCAAACAAUAUACAUACUGAUUAUAAUUGGAUUGAGAAAAUGAUGCAUCCUAUUUCUGUUUGCAGUCAUUUGGAAUGAUAUUUGGGUUUAUUCAAGUAGUAAUCACACAUACCAAAUCAGUCAUUGAAUUUAAAAAGUCAGAAUUAUUAAAAACUUAGUAACCAUCAGCUUUAUUUUCGUUCCAAAGCUCAAAAAAAAAAAUGCUUGAGGUAGAAUUUUACUGGAAAUUGCUAGCAGUUUACUUAUGACGAAUGUUAAACUGAUCAGUGGUUACUAAUUUUCAUUCUUUUGGCUAAAUUAAUUGUUACCUUUAUACAACCAGGACAGAUAGUGAAUGAAUUAUCUUUACUCGGGUAUCUGUAUUAUUCGAAAGUAAAGGUAAAUGUGUAAUACAAUAAUCCACAUACAUUUACUUUCUGACUUUUGAGGUUCUUGAAGGAAAUUCUCAAUUCAUGGUGGAGAAAUGAAGAAAAAAAAUUUAUUCCAUUUGAUAGGUUGUAACUAUUGCAUGUAAAUACAUGUGUUACCUGUAUUUUCAGUUAUAAUUUCUCCAUGAGGAUUUGUUACUCAUUGUGGUCGUGGAAAAUGGUUGUUAGCAAGGACUGUUCGUUUACUUUUUUGCAUUAUAUGUUUAUUAUCCAUACCUAUGUGUAAUGUGCUUAUGUGUGCCCUAGAAUUUUUUUUUCUGUAAGACUGUAAGAGCUCUCAACGUUUUUUUGUUCAGCUAUUCCUUUUGUCCUACAUUGUACAGUGUAGCAAGCUUAGUUUACUUACAAAUUGGCCAAUCGUGGCUGUUGAAUGUCUCACGCGAUUUUCACGGAUGAACAGCUAUUAAUAAAUAUAUAUUUGCACAGCUUAAGUUUUGAAACACUUGCUCGAUGAUUUAAUGUAAAUGCCAGGUGGUUGUUUCAAGAUUUAUAAUUAGUCAUGGUGUAAGUGAAAUAUUGUUUAGUACACCAUAUCAGGUAAAUAAAUAUGCGUGUAUAGUAUCAGUUGGUCCCCGAUUCCACCGUGCUCGAUCAAAGAUUUGCUGAUACGAUCUAAGUGAUGUAAAACGUGAGUGUAGACCAACAGCCAUAUCUUUGGCCAAUGAAGACACGCGUAUAGUAUAUUAUCAGCCUACACAAUAAGAUUAUACAUUGGCAAUAAAGUGACCAAUAGAUACAGUGAUUCCUGAGAUAUUCAGAUGGAAUAUCGUUUGUACCUUUUCACUGAACCGAGUGAAGAAAUAACGUCCCAAAGCUUUCGCAAUAACCGAAGGCAUCAUCGUUGUUAGGCCAACAUGGCCAGCCGGACAAUGUUUCGCCAAAUAGAGACCCGAUCGCACCGAAGCAUUACGGUGCAGUUAUUGACCAAUCUGAACUGGAUAAUUGGCCUGUAUAUGCUGUCGAAAUUCUGCCAUUAAUGAGCAUUCAUGAUUGCAAGCAUAAGUUAUUUGUGUUUUUGUUAGUAUGUUUAUUUAGACCAGACAUUUUUUUGGCAAUAAACUACAUGUAUAUGUGCUGCUGU